AUUGGCUCCCCCGCUCCAGUCCCCAGUCGCGUCCUACCUGGUGGGAGGUGGCUGCUCCCCCCCUCUGCCGCCCUACUCGCCCAGCGGCGGGCUGGGAGGAAAAGUCCUGCCUGGGAGCACUGAGCCAGCGCAGCACCGACAGGGAAGAGCAUCCCCAUGGCUUCUUGGAAAGCUUUUCUCUUCUCCCCCUUGCUUCUGUGCAAUCAAAGUAGAGGGGUGAGGUUGAUGUUCUUGCUACUGACUCUGCAUCUGGGAAACUGUGUUGAUAAAGCAGAUGAUGAAGAUGAUGAGGAUUUAACAGUGAACAAAACUUGGGUCCUGGCUCCAAAAAUACAUGAAGGAGAUAUUACACAAAUUCUCAAUUCAUUGCUUCAAGGCUAUGACAAUAAACUUCGUCCAGAUAUAGGAGUGAGGCCCACCGUAAUUGAAACUGAUGUUUAUGUAAACAGCAUUGGACCGGUGGAUCCCAUAAAUAUGGAAUACACAAUAGACAUUAUUUUUGCCCAAACCUGGUUUGACAGUCGUUUAAAAUUCAAUAGUACCAUGAAAGUGCUUAUGCUUAACAGCAAUAUGGUCGGAAAAAUUUGGAUUCCUGACACUUUCUUCAGAAACUCAAGAAAAUCUGAUGCUCACUGGAUAACAACUCCUAAUCGUCUACUUCGCAUUUGGAAUGAUGGACGAGUUCUGUACACCCUGAGAUUGACAAUUAAUGCAGAAUGUUACCUUCAGCUUCAUAACUUUCCUAUGGAUGAACAUUCCUGUCCAUUGGAAUUUUCAAGCUAUGGAUAUCCUAAAAAUGAAAUUGAGUAUAAGUGGAAAAAGCCCUCUGUAGAAGUGGCUGAUCCAAAAUACUGGAGGUUGUAUCAGUUUGCAUUUGUAGGGUUACGGAACUCAACUGAAAUCUCUCACACGAUCUCUGGGGAUUAUGUUAUCAUGACAAUUUUUUUUGACCUGAGCAGACGUAUGGGAUAUUUCACUAUUCAGACCUACAUUCCUUGCAUUCUGACGGUUGUGCUUUCUUGGGUGUCUUUUUGGAUCAAUAAAGAUGCAGUACCUGCAAGAACAUCACUGGGUAUCACUACAGUUCUGACGAUGACAACCCUGAGUACAAUUGCCAGGAAGUCCUUGCCGAAGGUUUCCUACGUGACUGCGAUGGAUCUCUUUGUCUCUGUUUGUUUCAUUUUUGUUUUUGCAGCCUUGAUGGAGUAUGGAACCCUGCACUAUUUUACCAGCAACCAAAAAGGAAAGACUACUAGAGACAGAAAGCUAAAAAGCAAGGCCUCGACAUCCUCUGGUCUCCACCCUGGAUCCACUCUGAUUCCAAUGAAUAGCAUUUCUGUGCCGCAAGGCGAAGAUGAUUAUGGGUACCAGUGUCUGGAGGGCAAAGAUUGUGCCAGCUUCUUCUGCUGCUUUGAAGACUGCAGAACAGGAUCUUGGCGGGAAGGAAGGAUACACAUCCGCAUUGCCAAAAUUGACUCUUAUUCGAGAAUAUUUUUUCCAACAGCUUUUGCCCUGUUCAAUCUGGUUUAUUGGGUUGGCUAUCUUUACUUAUAAUUUCCACUUCAUAGGCAAAAAUCUUAAGUCUGACUAAAUCCAGUAUUAUCUUUUGUACUUCAGUAAGAUGAAGUUUAAAUUUAAAAUGCAGAGAAACCAAUGGUUAAAAUGUGAAUAGAAUUGCAGUUAUUUUAAGUCCUUCAUAGGUAAAUAAAUUAGCAGCUUUUAGAUUAAUCUACAUGAAACUGAUUAGGUACAAAAUCCAGUGAAUAAAAAAUGAUUAUAUAUUUUUACUUUAAUUUUCUUUAAUUUACUUACAUCCUAUUAUAAUUUUGGUUUUGUAAUUUCUAUGAUUCAUAUUUUAAAGAUGGGAUAAUUUUAACAUAUAUUUAAUCAUUAUUUAUAAUGUGAAAAUAAUGUUCAAUAUUUAUGUAGUAAUUUACCUAGAAAAGAUUGAUUUUUUUUCUUGCUUUUUAUUUGUAUGCCCCAUUUGAAAUGCAGUUAGUUAAAAAUGUAACAUCAUGAUUUUCUUGGUUGUAUUUCCAAGAUGUUUUACUCCCAAGAAGAAAUUGAUUUAUUUUUAAAUUAUGAAUUAUAGAAGACUUAUGAAAAGGCCAAUUUGACCUGUCUUUUAAUCAGUCCAUUUUCUGACUAUUAUAUUAACUAGAACUCUAGUUACGUUUACUUUGGUGAUUUGCAAACUUGAUGGAAAACACCAAAGUCAUUUUUUUUUUUUUUAAAAAAAAGCUGGUUGAAUAAAAUCAGGAAAAAUGUUACAUUUAACCAUUUUAUUCUCUGCCCACAGCAUU